AUGGUAUCCUUACAUCGCUCUCACUUGUUAUUUGUACCAUCAGAGCGGGAAGAAGAACAACAGGGCCUUUCGUAUACAACCUUUCCAACUACAAAUGCGGACCGUGGCUCCAGCCAAGAGGCAGGGCUCGAAGUUCCAACAGCUAGUUCCCGGCAACGCAACCAACUUAGUAUUCUAAUUUAUUCUUCGAUCCCUCUAGUAUGCACUUAUAUUCUGUAAUUUUCACUAGUAGCUAUUACAUUGAUUUUCGUUGGUCGUUUAGGUGAAAAGGAACUUGCUGCGGUCAGCCUGGCAUGUCUGACGGCCAACGUGACCGGAUGGUCGGUUUUGGAAGGACUGGCAUCAGCUCUUGAUACACUGUGUCCACAAGCCUAUGGUGCGGGAUUCCAAAAGUUGGUAGGCCUACAUACUCAGAGGAUGGCAUUAUUCUUAUUAUCUACAUCAUUUCCGAUUAUUCUUCUAUGGUAAGAAGAAAUUUACAUUUUCAGUAUUCUUUUCUGAGAAGUGGUUUGCAAAACACGCAUUCCGAAACCGCGUCACAAGUUCCCUGCUUAUUAUUCAACAGGUACAAUUCCUACGUACUUCUACAUGUCCUCCUACAGGACGAUGAAAUUUGCAAACUUGCAAGAAACUGCUUGUGUAUCUUGUCUUUUGGGUGUCCUGGAUACGCCUUGUUCGAAUGCGGAAAGCGAUUUCUACGAGCUCAGAGUCAUUUUUCGCCAGGUCUUUAUACUUUUAUCGUCUGUAUACCAAUCCAUGUUUUUCUCACCUGGUUGGCGGUGGCACAUUUCAAGCUCGGCAUCAAUGGAAAGGCGGCGUCCUUAUCUAUGACACGCAAUCUCCUCCCCUUUGGACUGGCAAUAUGUUCCUGGGUGUUCACUGAUGGGGAAUGCUGGAGGAAGGUUGAUAAGAAAAUCUUUCAAAACUGA